AAUAAAAAAUAUUUAGUAUAUUUCUAAAAGAAUUUCGAUCAUUACAUGAAAAUAACCUUCCUGAUUAGUACUCAAUGAUGUCAAAGUGAACGUUUUUAAAUAUUAUGAAACUAAGUAUUAUUACGCAUAUUAAAAAGAAGGAAACAUAAAAAUAUGAAAGUAGAAGUGUUGUAAUAUCAUGAAGAUUAAUUUAAAUAUUAAAGCAACAAAUAAAAUAUAUUUCAUUUCAGUGUAAUGUAAUGUAUGUUCAUAUGUGUGUACUCGCGGUUCUCGACUACAUCGUACGAGUGCUAUUUAACUUGAUUUAACUCUUAAUAUACUUUUACAAAAAAGAAUUAUAUUAUAAAAGAAAUAAUGUCAUUAAUAUUAAACGGAUUUCAAUUAGCUAGAUUAAUUUUACGAACUAACCUAACUCCAAAAGUUAUACCUGUGAAAUUUUUACAUACUUCGUUUACAAAAUUCGAUGUACAAGGGACAGAAAAAAAAAAAAAAACAAAUAUUGAGAGAGUACCGAUUUCAAAGGAUAGAAGUAAAGUUAUUCCUGUGGAGACUAGUAUAAGAUACAUGGCAAGUAAUGCUUAUAAAUUAACUUAUGGAGAAGAUCCUGUCUGGAAAAUAUAUAUACGAAAUUACAAAGGGCAUACCCCACCACCAAAAACACGAAAAACUUGUAUCAGAGCUGAAGUGAUUGAUACUGGUAGUCCAUGUCCAAUAUGUAGGGACGAGUAUCUAGUGCUUGAUUACCGUAACGUUGAUUUAUUAAAACAAUUUAUUUCAGAGCAUUCUGGAGAAAUCUUAAGCUAUACACAAACUGGCCUUUGUCAGAGAGCUCACAAUAACUUGCUUAUUGCAAUAUUAAAAGCAAAGGAAUACGGUUUGCUUACAUUUGAUGUUCCACUUAGAUACUAUGAUUAUUCAGAGUGGAAGAGUUCUUAAACUGAAUCUUGUUUAAAGACUUGCAUUAUUUAAACAAGCAAGUCCUUUGAUAAAAGCAGUUACAAAUAUAGUCCCACUUGGUAAAACAUUAAUGCAGUUCAGUGUGGAAGAGAAGGACAUAACAACCUUGUCAAAGACAAAUGAUUCAUUAAAAAUUAUUCAUGAUUUUGUAA